GGGCAACCCUGUGGGAUUAUGGGGGAUUACUGGUUUGUCUGUUAAAUACCAAAUAUAGCAGCAUACUUAUAAAUCUCAAAAACAGGGAGAGUGUGGCAAUCUGUUUGUAGAUGUCCUGUUUCUAAACAAAUACAAAUGGAAUGAAGAAUCAAGACCAAAGAUUUAUGGAUUUAUUUUGGAAAGGGCAUUUCCAGGCCAGAUGUUCAAAUACUGAGAACAAACAUCAUUUUUAUUUGCACCACUAAACUGAAACAUCAACAACAGAGCUGCAAAACAUUAAAUGAAUUCAACAAAUAUACAUUUUACUGUGCUUCUUUCAGUGGUGUUACUAUAAAACUAUUUCAAUUGCUUUGUAUUACCAAACAGAGAUUCUGGUAUAAAAUUAAAAUUAAUAUAAAUAAUUAAAGCAUCUUCAUGCAAACAAAGCUGUUAAGAACUGCUCAUAGAGUGCCAUCUUGUGGCAUGUCUGGAAUCAAAAGGUCACUUUAUUGGUGUUUGAUAAACCAAGCAUCACUAGUACUAUUGCUCAAACCUAUUUGUUUAUUCAAACCACUAACUCUAAGUAUUAAACUUCAACCAUAAUUCAUCUAAAAUCAUAGAGACUUGAGGGUGGGCUCUUUUGACACCGUAUCAAAAACCUAGCAAUGUAUUAUCAACUUCUCAGGAAACCCUAUCAACAGCAUAGCAAUGUCCUAAAAACCCUCAGAACACCCUAUGCAUACUGUAGUCUUGUGUCAGCAAGUUGUGCACAGGUAAUGGAUUUCACAUGUACAUCAUCUGAAAUGAAAAAAAAAAAAAAUCUCAGCAAACAUUGCCGAUUGCUAAUAGAGAAAAAGCAUCACUAAUGUCACUCAGUUUCCUGGAAAAAAAAAAAAAGUUGCACCUGAUGUUCUUGAGUAGUUGCCAUGACGAUGGCUAAACAAUUAGACUGUCCACUUUGUAGCAGGUUCAUGGUUUCUAUUAACAGCAGACACAUGUACAAUGUUACAGCUCCAGGUGUGUAAUAAUAAAAUAAAAAUACUCUUUAGUAUUCAAUUCCGAACACAGCCAGUGUGUGUGUAAGUAUGAGGCAUAACAUUAUGAGCACUGACAGGUGAAGUGAAUCACACUGAUUAUCUCUUCAUCACGGCACCUGUUAGUGGGUGGGAUAUAUUAGGCAGCAAGUGAACAUUUUGUCCUCAAAGUUGAUGUGUUAGAAGCAGGAAAAAUGGGCAAGCGUAAGGAUUUGAGCGAGUUUGACAAGGGCCAAAUUGUGAUGGCUAGACGACUGGGUCAGAGCAUCUCCAGAACUGCAGCUCUUGUGGGGUGUUCCCGGUCUGCAGUGGUCAGUAUCUAUCAAAAGUGAUCCAAGGAAGGAACAGCGGUGAACAGGCGACAGGGUCAUUGAUGCACGUGGGGAGCGAAGGCUGGUCUGUGUGGUCCGAUCCAACAGACGAGCUACUGUAGCUCAAAUUGCUCAAGAAGUUAAUGCUGGUUCUGAUAGAAAGGUGUCAGAAUACACAGUGCAUCGCAGUUUGUUGCAUAUGGGGCUGCAUAGCCGCUGACACCUGUCCACCGCCGAAAGCGCCAACAGUGGGCACAUGAGCAUCAGAACCACGGAGCAAUGGAAGAAGGUGGCCUGGUCUGAUGAAUCACGUUUUCUUUUACAUCAUGUGGAUGGUUUACCUGGGGAACACAUGACACCAGGAUGCACUAUGGGAAGAAGGCAAGCUGGCAGAGGCAGUGUGAUGCUUUGGGCAAUGUUCUGCUGGGAAACCUUGGGUCCUGCCAUCCAUGUGGAUGUUACUUUGACACGUACCACCUACCUAAGCAUCAUUGCAGACCAUGUACUCCCUUUCAUGGAAACGGUAUUCCCUGGUGGCUGUGGCCUCUUUCAGCAGGAUAAUGCGUCCCUGCCACAAAGCAAAAAUGGUUCAGGAAUGGUUUGAGGAGCACAACAACUAGUUUGAGGUGUUGAUUUGGCCUCCAAAUUCCCCAGAUCUCAAUCCAAUCGAGCAUCUGUGGGAUGUGCUGAACAAACAAGUCUGAUCCAUGGAGGCUCCACCUCACAACUUACGGGACUUAAAGGAUCUGCUGCUAACAUCUUGGUGUCAGAUACCACAGCACACCUUCAGGGGUCUAGUGGAGUCCAUGCCUCGAUGGGUCAGGGCUGUUUUGGCAGCAAAAGUGGGACCAACACAAUAUUAGGGGUGGUCAUAAUGAUAUGCCUGAUCGGUGUAUGCAUGUAUGCAUUUAUAUAUACACACCAAGAACAACCUGAGACGAGAUCUGUCGUGUCGAUAGCUCAGACCAUCAUUAUGUUGAUGGACAGGAAUGUUGUUCCAGGAUCAACAAUUAUUAGAUGUUGUGGUAGAAAUUCCCCUAGGCACCUGACUGGAGUUAAAAUGGCGCGUCUCCUAAUCAACGCUUACAAAUUUAUCCUCUAGCACAUCUCCUAAUCAACAUCAGCUGAGUCGGACGACGUCUCAUCCCCCUAUGAACUUGGGAAUAAGUGUUCCACUAACCUGCAGUAACCACAGACUCCAAACAAUGUCUUUAAAAUGCUUUUAUCAUGGCCGAGAUACAUGGCAAAGGUAACAUCAUUUUUCUCUAAUAUGAUUGGUUCUUCGUAUGUGCAAUUUAGCAAAUCCCGCCCCCCAACCUCUGUUACUGGCAAAGCAACUUUGGUUUUUUGAUUACUUCAGCUUGAUACUCAGGUCAUGGGGUCAUUAUAUUCGAACACCCGUCUAGCCUCCUUUAUGCAUCUGUUAUUUCAACACACUAACUUUGGCUAAAGUGUCUGUACAUUUUUUGUUCUCAAAAGCAUAGAAAUGUUAAGACUGCAAGAAAAAGAAAUGUUAGUUAUAAUUAAUUAAAAUUUCCUUCACAAUGUUGAACCAGGAACAUGUCUUACUUGGCAAAAAUCACGGUGACCUAUCAAAUCCACUCAGUCGGUGUGGAAGUUCACAGUGAGUUUAGUCAAACCUGUGUGCACAAGACACAUACGCAGCGGUUCUUUAUUUCACUGGUUGUCAUGGAGACGGCAUUGCUCAAGUGGACUGAAACGACGCCAUCUCACCUUCCAAUCAACCUGACGACAGUUCUUUUCACAUAUGUAAAGUAGCUAGUAUUUCAGUGUAGUGCAGAUGUACACACACCAUUAUAUCUAAGGUAUGAUGGAAAAAAGACAGGAAAUGCAGCUGAGGUUUUUUCCAGGAGUUGCUUCCUGUUUGGUAGAAGCAUUGAAAAGCAUUUUACAGCGCUUCCAUCUGCAUGUCCUUGAGUUCUGCCAUCAUCCAAAGAUGAUGCAUCCGGAAGUACAGUUUCAACUUGGCUAGAAUGGUGCAGUGUCUCUUACUGAACCUCAGGCUCUCUACAGUGAAGUAAUACUUACAACAAACAAAAAAACUAAUAACUGCAGCAGCAGCAUCACUUUUAUACACAUAAGUGAAUGCGGGUGAUUCACAUGGGUGAAUCUCAUGAAAUUGGUUGGGUAACAGUCAAUCCCAAAAUCAAAAAUAACUAUUUAUAUUUUGUUUUUCAUUAAGAAAAUUAAGUGCAUUUGCAUUAUUAUCAGAAAUUUGCAUUAUUUUUAUGACAAUAGAGCACAUUUCUUCUUCAAAGUCUUAUUACUGUAAUUUCAAAUAUACAAUAUUUAUACAUCAUGGUUUAAUUUACUGCCUUUAAUAUAUCUUUAUAUUAAUAAAAUAUAAAACAUUGUAUUGCAGUAUUCUAUUACUGUAAUAAAAAAAAAUCAAGAAAAAACACGAUGCAUUACAAUACUGAGAAUUUGGGGAAUAAAUGUGGUUAAUUGACAUGAAACAGUGAAAAAUAUUAAUAUUAAUAUUAAUAACUAAAAUCAUCAAAUAUAAUUUUUUUUAACAAUGUGAUAGAACGACAAAUAGAUAGAAUGAUGGAUAGCACAAUAGAACGAUAGAUAGAAAGACAGGCAGAAUCAUAGAAUGAUAGAUAGAACGAUAGCACAAUAGAAUGAUAGAUGGGAUGAUAGAACAAUAGAAUAAUAGAUAGAUAGAUAGAUAGAUAGAACGAUAGAACAAUAGACAGAAUGAUAGAAUGAUAGAACGAUACAGACAGAACGAUAGAUAUAUAAAACAAUAGAUAGAUAAAACAAUAGACAGAACGAUAUAGACAGAACGAUAGAUCGAUAGAAUGAUGGAUAGCACAAUAGAACGAUAGAUAGAAAGAUAGGCAGAAUCAUAGAAUGAUAGAUAGAACGAUAGCACAAUUGAACGAUAGAUGGGACGAUAGAACAAUAGAUAGAUAGAUAGAACGGUAGAUAGAACGAUAGAUAGAACGAUAGAACAAUAGACAGAACGAUAGAAUGAUAGACAGAAUGAGAGAAUGAUAGACAGACAGAACGAUAGGUAUAUAGAACGAUAGAUAGACAGAACGAUAGAUAGAAUGAUAUAUAUAGAUAGAUAGAACAAUAUAGACAGAGAUAAAACAAUAGACAGAACGAUAUGAUAGAACAAUAGAUAGAUAGAACGACAGAUAGAUAGCUAGAUAGAUAGAUAGAUAGAUAAAUAGAUAAAAUGAUAGACAGAAUGAUAGAACGAUAGAUAGAACGAUAGAUAUAUAGAACUAUAGAUAGAUAGAAUGAUAGAUAGACAGAUAGACUGACAGAUAGAUAGAUAGAUAGAUAGAUAGAUAGAUAGAUAAAAUAGACAGAAUGAUAUAGAUAGAACAAUAGAACGAUAUAGAUAGAUAGAAAGAACGAUCGAUAGAUACAUAGAAUGAUAGAAAGAUAGAUAGAUAGAACGAUAGACAGAAAGAUAGAUAGAUAGAUAGAUAGAUAAAACAACAGACAGAACGAUAUAGAUAGAACGAUAUAGACAAAUAGAUAUAUAGAACGAUAGACAGAAUGAUAUAGAUAGAACGAUAGAUAUAUAGAUAGAUAAAACAAUAGACAGAACGAUAUAGAUAGAACGAUAGAUAGAUAGAAUGAUAUAGACAGACAGACAGACAGACAGAUAGAUAGAUAGAUAGACUCUUGUGGUUGGGCCUCCUUAGAAUGAAUAUAUUGUAAGAAAUGUCUCAAAAUCUUACAAAAUUGCUUGUUUAAAUCGUUUCUAAAUCCUGUAAGGGUCCAAAUGUGUAUCUGAAGUUCUUGAGAAUCAAGGUUAUUUUAAGUCUUGAUGUUUUCCUGCUUCUCUCUCUGUCUCUCUCUCUCUCUCUCGCUCGUUCUCCCACCCUGCCUGUUUCUCCUCUCAGCAUGUGAAUAAUGCACCUCUCAUUGUCGCUUAGAUCCGAUCAACGUCAUGCCUGCAAUGCAAGCGCGCUCAAUCACAUUUACACUACAGACAGACAGGCAGCUGUGGCAUAACUGACUUCGGCCUCUAUCCGGAUCGCUCUAAAUAUCUGUCUGUGAUUGUACGGCUUUGUCAUGGCAGCAUCCGUGAUCCCCAUCAGGUGUGAGUCACAGUGAAAGAGGUGAGGAUGGAAGGUCCACAAGUGGUCAACGUUGAUAGCAACUCCUUGCUUAAGGCCGUCUACCUAUGUCGUCUCCGCCUCACACGGCUACUCCUGGAAGGUGGCGCUUACAUAAACGAGAGUAACGAGUGUGGCGAAACACCUCUGAUGGUCGCCUGCAGGAGCAGGCAUACGGACCAGCAAAGUGUUUCGAAGGUUAAAAUGGUGGGGUACCUGCUUGAAAGUGGAGCUGACCCAAACAUCCAGGAUAAAAGUGGGAAGACUGCUCUAAUGCACGCCUGCUUGGAGCAAGCCGGUUCUGAAGUGGUGGCGUUGCUCUUGGGUAGCGGGGCGGAUCCAUGUCUUGAGGACCACACUGGGUCUUCAGCUCUGAUAUACGCCAUCAAUGCCAGCGAUGAAGAAACUCUUAAAAUGUUGAUGGAUGCAUGUAAAGCCAGAGGAAAAGAGGUUAUCAUCAUCACCCCUGAUAAACUUGCAUAUGGAAGGCAAAUGACAAAACAGUACCUAUCCAUUCCUCCACUUGCAAUGGUGGAACAAUGGGACAAGGAAAACUCCACCAUUGUUCCCUGUGCUUCUCCAUCUGAUAUUCUCCUCAGUACAUCUCCACAUGGGACUCUUUCUUCUAGUCCUACAGAGCAUAUGUUUUCCUUCCAGGACCUCCAAAGCAUGACCAAUUCCCAGCCAGCUUCUCCAUCCCACCAGGCUCCCCUGGUGCACAGUCGAGUGAGUAAACUCCACAAUCUCCAAAGAUUACACUCCGAGCCUUGGCUGAAAAUCCCGCAGUCUUUUCUGGCCCAACAGCACACCAAAACCACCCCUGCUACGGAGGAACUCCCGGACAUCACACCCGAAGAGGAGUUCAGUUUCAGAAUGAAGAGAUUGGCUUUUGGUAAUAAGCCACUAUCACGCCAUUGCAGUGUUGAUCUGAAAGAAGCUAACUGUUUGAGUCAAACUCUAAGUCAGGGAAGCAAUAGUGGAGGUCUAAGACCGGAAGGAGCACUAUGCCGAAACAUGUCCUUUGAUAGCUUAUCGUCCUUGCACUCUUUAUCCCAUCCCAAUCUUCAUAGCAAAAGCAGCGUGGAAGCUCUACCGGCUGAUAAGGAUCCGGGCAAAUCCCUGCCAAAUUUGGCUGUGUCCAGUCUCCGCAACAUCAUCCAGAGAAGGAAACUAGGAAUGGACCACUACAGCUCCGAUUCCCAACUAUCGGUGAGCCUUGCCAACUCUCCAGAAGACCGUAAAGGACAUCUGGAGAAGAGAAAAUUUGCUGCGAACUCGCGUUCUCCUACCUUGGUAGGCUCCAGGGAGUCUCUUGAGAACGCUUCGUUGACGCACCUGCACAGGAGGAAUCCAAUCAGCUACGAGCGUCGGGGCUCUGGAGCGCUUUUGGAUCCCAUUUCCCAUCCUAAAGCUGGUUUCCUCCCUCCUCUGAACCAGCAUGCUCUGAUCCCAAACAUCACUGGAAGCGGAAACUCAAGCAGCAUUGGCUCCAGCAACAAAGCAGUUUGUGGCGUAGCAGCAGGGACAAAGCCUUGCAUUCCCUCGGCUCCUGCAGGUUUUCCUAAGGAUCUCAAGACUAGGAGGAUGCUGAUGAGAAGACACUCCAUGCAAACCGAGCAGCUCAAGCGACUUGGUGAAUUCACAGAAAUUUUUGGGCACUGAAUGGUUGCUACUAUUGUAAACAGUUUGACUGUAACAAAUGCGCCAAUUUGCACUGACAAUAAUUCAUUGCUGGUUGCCGAAACUGAACAAAUAACAUCUGUCAUCUAAGCUAAAAUGAACAAUUUCAACCGUGCAUCUUUAAGGCGCGGUCACAUUUACCACUGCUCAGUGAAAAUUUGUGCGGGAAAUUCAGUAAUUACAGAAGGAAUCUCUACGAUCAGAUCAGAAAGAUUUCCCCUCUCGGAUUUCGCUCGUAUUCAAGUUGACCAACAAAAAGCUGCUUGGUUUGAAAGUGACUUCUGUGUGAGCUGUGGUUCAUAUAUCUCUAUGCUAUUGACAAUGGACCUUUUUGUUGCCCAUGAAAUUUCACUGUGACCGCACCCUACACUUAAAAACAACUUAAUAGAAAUGAAUGGUUAUGAAUGUGGCAAGUGCUUCAAUAUCUAAGAAAACUGGGUAUAAAACAUGCAGGUUCGAAAUAUGCAUUAAUGGCAUAGAAAUUCAGCUUGCCAACUACAAAUCAUUCAUUUGUAAUAUAUUUGAGUCAUUGUGUAUAGAACAUACUUUUGCUUGUGCAUUGUUUGAUGCUCACAAUGUCUUAAAAAAAAAAAAAACAAUCAAUUUCUACAAAAUUCUAUAUUGCGAGCAGUAAAUUUGCAGCAAAUCACUCACCAAUCUCAAUUUAUCUAAAUGGUCGAAAUAUAUGUUGUCAUAAAUGAGCAUGAGACAAUGAAUUUGCAUAUUUAUCAAAAUUUUAUUCUACAUGAGAUACAUAUUAGAAAUGAAUGUUGUUUUGAAGAACAUCCUUAGGUCCCAUACCAGAUAAUUAAUCAAAUAAAUCUGGUUUUCAUGAAUAAAUAGAUACACAUUAUGCAAACUGGUACAUCUUAACAGCUUUUUGUAAAGCAUAAAAAUACUUUAAUUGUGAUGAUUUAAUUAAUCAGUAACAGUGAGAAAAUAAUUUAACUCCCAAAGUAUUCCACAAAGCACAAAUAUAAUGGAGAAGAUCUGAGAUGUCUCAUUUCACUGACAUUUAAUCUCAAUCCUUCCGUAACAAUCAUCUGUAUCUUAAGAAGAUUUGUAUUUGGUUUGUGACAGAAUAAUAGAAGCCUUCAGAUUAUUUAAAUAUACAAGUCUAUAUAUUAAAUAAACUGUUUCAUCACUGUUUAUGUUGUGUUUUAUCACUAUGAAGAAAAAUGAAAUAAAAAAUAAGGAACAA